AUGGUCUCCCUGUCUUCGUCGCUCUUCGCUGUGGCGCUGCUGGCUACCGCGUCUGCCAAGAAAUCGACUGCCGGCAAGUGGUCGGAGACUGCGGUGACGGCUGCUAACAGCGAGCUGCUGUACACCACGCUGGCCGACGAGAACGCCUACAACCCCACGGCUGCAAGCAAGCACGUUCGCCAGGCUGACUCGGACUCCACCAGCUACAAGUUCGUCGUUGGCGGUUGCCUUGUGCGCAAGGAGUACGGAGGGCGUUGCUUCGAGUCGUAUUUCUACCCGGAAUGUGGCAACUUCGACGUCGUGAUCUCGCCGGACGCGAAGACCGGCGACUACGCGGUUGACUCGAUCUCCUUGCACAAGGCGAAAAAGUCGAAGCACUAA